AUGGACGUCACGCACCACACCAAGAAGCAGAUGGAGAAGAACAACGUCAUGCUGUCGCGCGAGGGGGUCACCGUGGAGCUGAACCAGAUCCCCGAAGAGGAAUAUAAGGAUAAGACCCAGAGUGUGCUGGUCGAUAUCUGGAACCACAGCACCGUGCCGGCGCUCAAGUAUCGCUGGAGACGAGAGAAGUGA